UAAUAUCAUCUUGAUCUCUUCCUUCCUUGAAAUUUGUUCAUUUGCAGCCCAAACCCGUAGAUAGCACAGAUCAUCCCAUUCCAUUCGCACAUAUGUCGUCGCCACUUGAAGAGUUACGCAUCCCACUACAAGAGAUUAUAUCAGCCACCCACAAGUUUUCUGUUAAACGUAUCAUUGACAGUGGUGGAUUUGGUUAUGUUUACAAAGGAAAACUGUCGCGACACGGAAAAUUGAUCGAUGUUGAUAUAAAAAGGUUAGAUCGGAAGUUUGGGCAAGGAGACACAGAGUUUUGGACCGAAAUAGCAAUGCUUUCUAAUCUCAAGCAUAUAAAUAUUGUCUCUAUUGUUGGGUUUUGUGAUGAGGCUGAUGAGAAGAUCAUCAUAACCAAGCUUGAAGUCAAUGGAAGUCUUGGAAACAAUCUAAGAAACCCAAACCUCACAUGGUUGCAAAGAUUACGCAUAUGUAUUGGUGUGGCCAGGGCUUUGACGUACAUCCAUUGUGAUACAAGUCACGGUUAUGAUGUCAUACACCGUGACAUCAAGAGCGGUAAGGUUAUGUUAGAUGAAAACUGGGAUGCCAAGGUAUCUGGUUUUGGACUUUCGGUAAAAGUUCCUGCAACUCGGAGACAUCACCGUGUCUUCGACAAAGCUGUUGGCACAUUGGGCUAUGCAGACCCAGUAUAUGUAGAAACCCAAACUGCGACACAGAAAUCUGAUGUUUAUUCUUUUGGUGUUGUAUUGUUUGAAGUCCUUUCCGGGAGACGAGCAUAUGCUAAAGACGGCGCAGGUAGAUAUCUAGCUUCAGUGGCAAUGAGCCACUAUGAAGAGGGAAAGUUGGAUGAGAUCAUUGAUCCUCAUAUAAGGAAUCAAAUGCACCCACUGUCAUUUAAAAUCUUCUCUGACACAGCGUAUCAUUGCUUGAAGAAAGACCGAGAACAACGACCAGAUAUGGACAAGGUUGCGGAAGCACUUGAGAACGCCUGGGAACUUCAAUGGAAACAUGAAAAUCCGGCACAGUUAACACCUCCAGCUUUUGGUACGUCGCCCAACCACCUCCAGAUUCAAGAGCAGGACCAAGUUGCCAAUGGAAAAGUCACAAGGCAUGCAGCGGAAUUGAAAGACCUGAGGAUCCCACUAACUGAUAUAAUAAAAGCCACUAAAAACUUUGACAAACAAUACCGUAUUGGAAAAGGUGGACAGGGCAAGGUAUAUGAAGCGAAACUUGACGUGCUAAUAGAAACGAAAAACAAAGGGGAAGUUUCCAAGAAACAGAAUAGAGCGGUAGCAAUAAAAUGGAUAAAGGCAAAUGGAGAAGAAGGAUUUGAUGCAGAAAUUAAAUUGCUUACUCGUUGUAAGCAUGACAAUAUAGUCACCCUACAUGGUUUUUGUGAUGAAAGUGAUAAGCUAAUCCUUGUAUACGAGCAUGUAUCUAAUGGGAGCCUAGAUGAUCAUUUGCGAGAUAACCACAAGUUGACUAAUCUUACAUGGAGGCGACGUUUAAAUAUUUGUAUUGGCAUUGCACGCGGGCUGAAAUAUCUCCACACCACUAAGACAGAGGAUAAACAAAGCAUUGUUCACCGUGACAUAAAAAGCGGAAAUAUUUUGUUAACCAAAAAUUGGGGGGCAAAGAUUGCUGACUUUGGACUCUCAAAAUUCCAUCAUGUAGAUGAACAAGAAAAAACUCACAUUUCUAAUAAUGUUGCUGGCACCCCUUAUUAUGUGUGUCCAGCAUAUCUGAAGAACGGUAAGUUUAAAAGAGCAAUAGAUAUAUAUUCCUUUGGGGUGGUUUUUUUUGAAAUUUUGUCUGGGAAGCUUGCCUAUGAUAAAAUUUACAUCAGGGAGCAUAAAGAUGGAAUUGCACACAUUGCUAGGCAACGCUUCAAUGAUCAAACAUUACAUGAAAUGGUUGAUCCAAUAAUCAUGAAAGAGGUAGAUCAAGAUUGUUUGAAAACCUUUUUAGCAGUCGCACAUAAAUGUGUGUCAAAAACUCAAAAGGAACGGCCUUCAGCAGAACAGACCCUUGAGGAGCUUGAGAAAGCAUUAUUGCUUCAAGCAAAUAAAGACAGGGUAGCCCUCCAAAUGUCCUUCAAAGAAAUUCAAUUAGCCACUCAAGAUUUCGCUCAUGAAAAUAUUAUCGGAAAAGGGAGAUUCGGUAAAGUAUACAAAGGAGAAGUUACUCAUGCUAAUAAACAUCACGUCAUUGCUGCAAAACGAUUGAAUAGGAAGCUUGGUCAAGGAGAUGCUGAAUUUUUGAAAGAGCUUGAAAUUCUUUUGGAAUACAAAAAUGAUAAUGUGAUUGGCCUUGUAGGCUAUUGUGAUGAAUUUGGCGAAAAAAUCAUUGUUUAUGAGUAUGCGGCUCAUAAAAGUCUCGAUCUCCACUUGAGCAGUGCUUAUCUUACAUGGACAAAAAGACUUCAAAUAUGCAUUGAUGUAGCAAUUGGGUUGGACUUCUUACAUGGAGGUCUUGUAACACAAGAUGUGGUGAUACAUAGAGACAUUAAAAGUGCAAACAUUCUACUAACUGCGGGCGCGAAAGCAAAGAUUACUGACUUUGGGCUUUCCCUAAUAUCACCAAUAAGUCAGGAAAUGGACUAUGUCAUCGACAGUGGUAUGGGCACACGUGGAUAUGCGGACCCGUUUUAUUUACAAACUAGUAUAUUAACCAAAGAAUCUGAUAUGUACUCCUUCGGCGUGGUUUUAUUUGAGAUCUUGUGUGGUAGACUUGUAUACGAAAACCAUAAAGACGCGUAUCUAAUCAAAUUGGUUAAAAAACACAUGUAUGAAGGAAAUCUUUGGGAUAUAGUAUUUGUGGAUAUAAAGGAGCAAAUUGUGCCAGAUUCAUUGACUACAUAUUCGAGGAUUGCCUUUCAGUGCUUAAGUCCAGAUAGAGAAGAUCGGCCCACAACGGGUGAAGUAGUCUUACAACUUAAGCAAGCAUUGGAACUUCAAUUGGAUCAUGAAAUAUGGGAGCCCAAACUACCAAGAGACUACAAAGAAAUAAUCCGGAUGUCAAAAUCUCAUGAUCUCGCAAUAAGCAAAAAGGAUCUUUACGACAUUCUUUGCAAAGGAAUUCUCCUUCGAGAUGAAGAAGUGUGGUUUUGGCUAGGAAGUAAUGACAAAAAAAAUGGAAUGAUAUCAGCAAGAAAGUUUGCAUACAGCAACCAUAGUCCACAUAUGUGGCAAUCUCUUUCAGAAUCUAGGACUCUGAAUGGAGAAACCCUGAUCAGCCCUGAAAGGUUUUUGGAAGUUGCAGAGAUGUUAGAUAUUUCAAAUUUGAUGAUCAAUAUCAAGACAACAACUAAAUAUUUAUCACCAUCUGUUGCUUAUGGUGUUUAUUUAGUCUUCAAAUUUUGCAAUCUGAAAGAAGUCUCAAGUAAAGCUGUGUAUGUUAACAUGAAAUACAGAAUGGGGAGUGAAACAUUUCAUGCAUAUUUUGCAACAUCAAGAGACAAAGACUGGAUGAUGAUUGAGUUGGACCGAUUCUUAAAUCAGACAGAAGAGGUCGUUUUUGAGGUUCUACUAGAGAAUCUAUCACCAUACGUUGUUGAUGACAUCUAUGUUGAAGGCAUUGAGUUUCGAGCCAUUGACAAUGAGGAACAUAAAGAAAUUGAAAUGUCAAAUGGAGUCCAACAAGUUUUGAACCCCAACUUGAAGAAUGUGGAUCAGGUGUUGCCAUUAAGUGAAAUGAACGGAAAGAAACAUCUUAUGCUUUCGGCAAGGGAAGCACUCUACAAUAUUUCUGAUUUGACGCUCUAUAAGCACUACUACAAAACAUGGGAUUUUACGUGGCUAAAAAAGGCUUUUUACUCGGCUUUAUGGUCAGCUGAAUCCGGAUUUCCAGAGGUGGUUGAGCUUCUGCCGCAGCAAGUAUUUCUAAUCAAGUGCGCCAUUAAACCUCAAAUGUUGUCACCAGAUACAACAUAUGGGUGUUACCUUGUGUUUAAGCUCUCAGAAGAAUGUCAAGGAUUUCAUUGUCCUGUGGAAGUACGAGAUCUACUCAAUCGAGGAAACAAAGAGGCUGAAAUUGUUUACUUUAAAACCCCAAGCCCAUGGAAUAUACAUGAUAAUAUUAGUCAGGUUCCAAAACAAAGGGAAGAUGGAUGUAUGGAGCUUAAUGUGUGGAAAACCAACUCUGAUAACGCACCUACGAAUGAUCUUCUUCAGGUGAAUUUGAAACUUAGAAGCUAUAAAGGAACUAUGUCAGGCCUUAUAGUAUAUGGCCUUGAGUUUCGACCUAUGUAAGAAUUUAUUUAUAUGACAUGAUCUCUCGCUUUUGUGUUUCAAAUAACCAGUGCUUACUUUAUUUGGCACCUGAAACUGUUCGAAUGACUUAUAUUCUGAAAGUUAACUUGACAUGGAA